AUGGGACAAAACAAUUCGCGUAAGCGGAAGCGCGUCGCCCAAGUGUCACCUGCACACAGCGUGUUUGAGUACGACGAUGAUAUUAUUCAUGUUGCACCACGGCCACACACCGCCAGCAAAGGGAAUGCUGAGCGCACUCCUUUGGCCGAGACACAGACACGCGGUAAUCGCGCUCGCCGCGCGCACACAGCCCAGCAUGUCCAUGUCGAUCUACCCUCUAUCCCUACUGAUACCGCGACACCACCUCAAGCGACCGACGAUGCCGACCAGGUCAUACCUCCAGAUUGCUGCUACUUCUGCUUGACUCGCGGAGGCAACGCGGCGUAUGAAUGCCACAUAGAAGACGGAGCAGACCUGUGUACGCGCUGUAUACGGGACAAGAAGAAGAAAUGUCGACUGCCUACGCCAGAAGAAUCGGCAGCGAUAGCGGCACGUUGUCCACGAUGCACUAUACGAGGGUUCAAACAAUGCGACGGAAGUAUUCCUUGCGAUACUUGCAUACGCAACAAAACAACACAUCUAUGUCGCAAGCUACCCGAGAAGAAGAAGCCAAAGCCUGAGGAGCUAGCCACAAGAAGCGAGAAUAUCCCACAGUCUGAAGGUGUGGCACCAGAACAGUCCAGCAGAAGCCGAAGAACUCGACGUAGCGAGGUACGUCAGACCAGCAAUGAAGUACAGGCUACCACGGGGGAUGUGAGUGAUGCAGUUGAUCACAACACAACGCGUAACGGCACAUCUAGAUCGAAGCGCAGGAAGAUCUUAUCCAACAGUACACCCGAUGAGUACACACAGGUGGCUAGCCCAAAGUCAAGCCCGUCUAGGUCGAGCUUGCGCAAAGCUUCGAAGACCCCAGAAAACCCUGCCGACGAGAACGAAGAGCUACAUGGUGGCGACGAUGCGCUACCCUCGCCUGUGACUUCGAACGACCUCGCAUUAGAAGACGAUCCCAAAUCAGCGACAGCCGCUGGUGAUGAGGACGUUCCGAUGAUGGACAACGACUCGGAUCAAGGAAGAGAGGUCAACGCAUUGAACAUUGGUCGCAGUGGACGCUCCAGCAGGGCUCGGCCUAGGGUAUCUUAUGUUGAACCCAUGCCUGACGAUUUGUCGGACCAAGACCUGGGGCUCGCAGCCGAAGCCGAAGACGAGGACGAGGACGUAUCAGACGUCUACAAUUCUCCUACAACGGACGAAGAAGAAGAAAGCGAAGCGGAGAUUGAGCCUGCAUCUUCCGAUGAGGAAGCAUCGAGCGCCAGUGACGCUGAAUCGUUAGACAUCUCCAUAGAUGAGGACGUCAUCCCUGUUGAAGACGAUCAGCCCAAGCCAAACCCACGCCGGAACAAUAAGACUGGAGAACCAAGUCGAGCUGGCAAAGGCAUCGAUCUGAGCCUUCCCCCGCUCUCGAACAUUCAUGACUGCAUGUUUGAUAUGACUGCCAAAGCAGUAAACCUCGGCCUUUGUGAAGCUCUUCAAAGCCUAGGAGAAAGGCCUAUCAGAGUAGCGACCAUGUGUUCUGGUACCGAGUCUCCGUUGCUGGCCCUGGAUGAGAUCUCGAAAGCACUGGAAAAGAUGGGAAAACCUCCGAUGUGCAUUCAGCAAGAGUUUUCUGCCGAAAUCGAGGUCUUCAAGCAAGGAUACAUCGAGAGAAACUUUGCCCCAAAGAAGCUGUUCCGAGACGUCCGUGACUUCCUUCGCAAGGAGGCCACCACCGCCAUGACAGCGUACGGAGCAGAGGUGGACAUUCCCACGCGCAUAGAUGUCCUCAUCGCCGGUUUCGUCUGCAAAGAUCUCUCCAGGAUGAACAACAAAGGCAAAACUCUCGACGACGGUGGCGAAUCGGGCGACACAUGGCGAGCAAUCUACACCUACGCGGAGCGCUUUUGCCCCAGCCUAGUACUGCUAGAGAAUGUCAAGAAUGAGAAGAAGACUUGGGAUGACGUGGUACAUAGAUGGUCCAAGAUCGGUUACGAAGCUCAAUGGAUCUAUUGCGACACGAAAAACUACUAUCUGCCGCAAACCCGAGAGAGAAUGUACAUGAUCGCUGUGGAGCGUAAUCAUUUCGGAAAAGAUGUGAAGAGAGCGACAUACCAGUGGAAGGAGUUGAUGCAAAACUUGGAAAGACAGUGCAGUAGCCCUUACGAGGCGUUUCUCCUUGAAUCGCUGAAAGAGUCAAGUGGUUACAGCAUUCUGAAGAACGAGCCGGACUGGGCUUUGUGCAAGCUCCGGAAUGACCACAUUCGCUCUGAGAAGAAACUCGGGAUACUCAGUCCUGUGAGCCGGCGGAGCGACAACGGCACGGUCAUGCCUCCCGAUUUCGCUGACAGAAAGUUCUAUAAUUCUCAAUCUUCGAGAGUACAUGAUGCCAUCGACAUUGCUCACCUAGAGUUUGCUGCUCUCAAGGGCUGCGACUCACUUUACAAGAUGGCGCUAUGGGAUGUCAGUCAGAACGUCGAUCGAUUCAAGGCAGAUUUGGGCAUUGCACCAUGCCUGACUCCAGGUGGGCAAGACUUCGCCAGCAACCGCCAGCACACUUUGAAUGGUAGUCAGCUUUUGAUCCUUCAAGGCAUGCCGCUCGAUCGACUACUGUUCGCGAACGAAACACAAAAGGACCUGCAAAACCUCGCUGGCAACGCCAUGUCAACUACAGUGAUCGGGGCGUCUCUCAUUUCUGCUCUCAUUGCCGGCUCACAAGCUUUCCGUUCCGGAUACAAUGUCACAUCUGACAAGGCAUCAUAUGUACCCCCCACCAGCAUGAUGGUAACUCAUCCUGGGAUCCUAGGGCAAACUAUCCUAGAACCAAAUAGUUACGCGGAUCUCGAUUUGGUGGAGCUUCAGCAGGAAGCGAAGCUGAGCGCGCGUAUGUGCAACUGCGAAGGCAGGCAGCUCAUCAGCAAGAACGAAAUUCACUUAUGCUCAGCGUGUGAACACACGGCUUGUACAUCAUGUGCGGGCAACCCCAGGCACGUUUACGAAGCAAUCAUAUCGACCCGACAGCGAAAGCUGCAACCCGACGAAUUCAUCAGGCGUUGGAGGCCUAAGUUGCCUCCACGACUGAAGCUCAAGGCUUUCCCGAACAUACAUCAUCUCGCUUCCGAAUUAGGCGCAGAAGACACGAUUUUAAGCCAAUAUCUUACUACAGUGUCGGAAGCGCAUUUGGUUUCCCAGUAUUUCUGCAUCGACGAGUUUUCCAGGGAGUACAACGAGUGGAAGAUCACCUAUAGCUCGCACCGGGCCACAAUUGAGCUGAAAGUUGGCUUUGACAUUCAAUGGUCACUUUUCGUUAAAUGCCCACCAAGUAUUCCUGGCAACAGUCGCUUGCGAGAAUUUCUCCGCAAUCCGAUCGCACAAAGCAAUGUCGCAGACAAUCUUUUCGACGUUGAGUGGAAAAUACGCAUGCCGUCUAUCAGCAACCAUAUACUCAAUGUCAGCGGCUCAGUUGAGAAGGUCAGCUCGUGGCGGAGUCGACUUGGUCUUGUGGACUUCAAAGAAGAGACCGUACCAGGGACCAUCAAGAUCCUAGGCGAUGAUCAAGAGUUGGCGGCCAUCAUCGGCGAUUACGAGUAUCAGCCGCAUUGUGGAACUGCGUCGACCAGCCUCUACAAAAGGUCGACGGAACCAGACAGCAUGUACUUGUUCCUUGAUCCCAAUCCCAUUGGUCGAUCAGAUCAUGACAGCUUCGUUUUCAGCCAAGAUAAUACGCGGAAGCAUUAUGGAGACAGCCGUAUCACGCUUGCUCAUGUGAAUCCUGCCUGGCGACCCUGGCAUGUAAAGGACGGCUGUGUGCACGCUAUUACUACCACGAUUCAAGACGUUUGGACUUCUGUCUCGAUGCCAAUGGAAUCAGCAGGUGUUCCAUUGGACGUUGGUUUCCUCGAGGAAGAACGUCUGCUUGAGACAGGCUUGCCAAGCUGCUCCCAGGCGCUCACUUGCCUCGACGUCUUCCUCCACGACCAGUUUUCCGUCCAGGAUUUUGCAGACUACUCAUGGGCCUUAGAACGCGCUAAGACACUGCCUGCAUGCUCAUCAUGGCAGCCUCUACAAUCGGAGUCGCUCGAACAUUGCUUUUGCGCGCCAUCUUAUCCGGAGAUUCUAUGGAGUGUAGACGAGAAAGGCGUAGCGACGGCACACGAAGAUCGCCAAGCCGCUGCCACAUUCGAGCGCGUCAUCAAGCAGCGCCCUGCGAUAUUCCAGCUAGAAGCAUCUAGUGACGCGACGGGGACACGUGUUCAGGUUGGCGUCGAUGUCAUGUCUUUGGUGCAUCGUGCUAAAGGGAGACUUCCAAAGGCUAUAUCUGCGACCACAGCCUGGAGGCUGGUUACCGAUCAUGCCGACUUACCCCCUCAGCCCUUCCCAAAGUUUCACUUACAAAGCAACGUGAGCAAUAGUCAGUCAUCGGCGACUAUACUGCCAAAAUACUUGCGAGGUGCCCAGUUGAAAACUGUCUCAUGGAUGUUAAGUCAAGAGCUAGGCAGAGCAAUUGCUAUCUGUGAAACUGAAGAGUCGAUUCACCCCGGUCUAGGCUGGAGAGCAGAGGCUCGGGUCGAAAUGGAACAGAUUGUCCGCGGUGGUGUGCUCGCAGAUCAACCGUCAUUCGGCAAGACCGUCGCCAGCAUUGGGCUCAUCCAAAGUGAAUUCGAUCAAAUCCCGCCGGAAAAGCUUCUGGAGCGCAAUCAAGAUUUGACGUGUGAACAAGCUCAUUUCUUGGAUUCAGCAGCUACACUUGUUGUCUGCCCACCGCACAUCACGGAGCAGUGGAAUACAGAGUUGGAGAAGUUUCUAGGCUCAAAGAAGUAUGAAGAGUACGACGUUCUCGUCAUAGAAAGCUGCAAUCAAUUGAGGAGCCUCACUAUCGACGACAUUCGCCGAAGCAAAGUCAUCGUAGUGUCGUGGACGUUGUUUGCUGACGAAGCUUACGUCUCAGAGUUAGCAAAGUUCGCCGCACUGCCUGAGCCCAUCAUGACCAGUCGGCGUGCUUUCGAUUGCUGGAUGAAGAGAGCUGUUGGUGAGAUACCAAGUCAGUUGGAGGUGUACCAGCAUCAUCCAUACAAGGAGUUCCAACGGUUGACGAACGAGCUAAUGAAUGAACGGCUUCAGCAUCGCGAAUUUCAAGCGACCUUGCCUAUCAGCAUUCAGCAUGGUAGCGCGUACCAGUCGUUCAGCACCAUGAGGACGAAGCCAGGUUCCUCGAAAAACGCAAAGGCGAAAAGUUUCACCAAAACAAGACAAGACAACUCCUCACACCUCACACCAUUGCUUCAUCUCUUUCGCUUCAACCGAAUCAUCGUCGAUGAGUACCAUUAUCUCAAUGAUACCAACAAGAUCUGGAGCAACUUCAUUGCGACGAGUAUCAAGCAAGUCUCUGCUCACAAACGCUGGGUCCUAUCAGGCACGCCAGCCUUAGCCAACUUCUCUGAUGUCAACCAGCUGGCAUCUUUCUUAGGAGUCAAACUUGGUCGCUAUUUCUGCGGCGACGGCUCGGUUACGACAUCCGCGGAGAAGAUGUCAAAGCUUGAUCAGACCGACGUUGAAAGCUUUUUGUCGCAAACGGAAGUGAUGUCAAGGCAAUGGCAUGUGGCGAGACAUCAACGGGCACAGGAGUUUCUCGAUGACUUUGUGAGACAGAAUGAAGCCGAGCUGCAGCACAUUAACUGCUCAGAAAAGCUCAUAUCGGUGGAUCUUGAUGCUGCUCAUCAUGCUGUCUACCUAGAGCUCUCCCAAUACCUCAUCUCUCAGAGAAUGCAGAUCAAGAAGCUCAACAAGAAGUCGGGCUCAGACAGGAGUACCAGACUAAACGACAGCUUGGAGAACUCCGCGAGUGCCGAAGAAGCGCUGUUGAGGUGUGCAUUACUCUUCGAGACCGAGGAAGGCAAAUCUGCGCUCGAGCUCCUAAUCGAGAAAAGGUCGCAGCAGUUACGCAGCACGAAGAAGGAGUUGCUGAAACUGCUGUCAAAAUUCGAGGGCUUGAUGAAGAAAUCUAAGAGCACUGAGUCGACCAUUCAAGAUCUUUAUGGUCAUUUCAAGAAGGAUAUUUUGAUGUACAAUUGGCUCGGAGAUGAUGACUCCAGUCAGGUUGUUCGUGCUUUGAUCAAAGAAGCCCAGAAGACACCCAAAUCAGGGCUUGCUGAUGUCGCAGACAUGUCUAAAGUCCAGCGCGAGCGAUUGAUCAAACAGGAACUAUCACAGCUCCGAGAUACUGCCCUCGAACUCGCCCAUAGGACAAGGUCAAAGCGUUUUAUCGUAUCUAUUCGCGAUCAUCUUGAGUUUACAACCUUCGACAAGAACACUACCCACUGUAGCUCGUCUGUCUGCAAGGGUGUGACUAGCCCUCAACAACUCUUCUCGAUACCACACUGCGGACAUACUGCAUGUAAGGGGUGUCUUGCGUUACGAACCGACGACGAGACUUGCGUACAUACUGGCUGCAAUUCCUACGCAAGCGAAGGCAACCUGAUCCGGAUGGCUGAUCUUGGUAUAAGCAACGACCAACAUACUGGUCAGAGCUUUGGCAACAAGCUUGAGGCGAUUGCCCAACUUGUUCAAGGGCUUCCACAAUCUGAUCAAUGCAUCGUUUUCGCGCCAAACGAGGAGAUCAUCAGCAUUCUCGAGACCGUGUUCGACCACUGUAAUGUCUCUUACCACUCGUUGGGCGGAAGUCGACAUAAGGCGUCGGCAGCGAAGCUUAUGGAGGACUUCAAGACGAACACAAAUCCUAAAAAGAGGAAAAAGCUCAUCAUACUCAAUCUGGGAAGCGAGUCUGCAGCUGGCGUCAAUCUCACAGUGGCCAACCACGUCAUAUUUGUUUCGCCCUUCUUGGCAAAGACGCAGUAUGACUACGACUCGGCCAUGGCACAAGCUAUCGCUCGAAGUCGUCGUUAUGGCCAGCAGAAGAAGGUUCACAUCUAUCAUGUCAUCGCAAAGCGUACGAUCGACGUAGAUAUCCUCGAACACAGGCACAGACGCAGCGACGCGAUCACUACCAUGGAGGCGGCGGUCGAGUUACCAAAGCCAUCGUCUGCAAAGAAAGAAAGGACGAAGCUUCUCAAGAACAGCAAGGGCGAGAUGAUACUGGUGCCGCUUAGCUGGCUAGCAGAUGAGGCCAAGCGAAGAACAAUGGAGAUUAAGGAGACGACGGAGCAAUUCACUUCCCUGAUCAACUUUUCCGAGACGUUCGAGCAGGAGGACGACGAGCCUUGA